AUGGGGAGAAGCCUGCCGUGCUGCUGUCCAUCCCUGAUCCCCAGCAGGGAGACCGCUCACUUCUACCUGCUCGGCGUCCUCAUUGCUCUUUACAUGCUGGCUGGUGCGGCCAUUUUCUCCUCACUGGAGAGACCGGCAGAGAUCCGGGCCCACAGGCUCUGGGAACGCAGGCUGAAGAAGUUCAGCCAUGACUAUAACGUCAGCUGUGAAGAGCUGAAAUCACUGCUGCUCUCCUACGAGGAGGCCCGGACCGCAGGUAUCCGGACAGACCGAGGCAGAGCCUUGUGGGACGUCCCGGGUGCUUUCUACUUUGUGGGAACUGUCGUCUCUACUAUUGGAUUCGGAGUGACGGCGCCGUCCACCAUGCCGGGGAAGGUCUUGCUGGUGUUCUACGGAUUGCUGGGCUGUUCAGCUACAAUGCUCUUUUUCAACCUGUUCCUUGAGAGAGUCAUCACGCUACUCAGCCUCCUGAUACUCUGGUGCUCCGCAAAAAGAAGAAGACUCUGUCGGCCAAAAGGCAGAAACAGUGAAAGUAACAGAACUGAGGACUGGAAACCGUCAGUCUAUCUGAUCACGUUGUUACUUUUUCUUGCUGUUAUGCUGGUUACAUGCAGCGCUGCCUCUCUCUAUUCGGUGAUGGAAGGGUGGACAUACUUGGAGUCACUGUAUUUCUGCUUUGUGGCAUUCAGCACUGUGGGCUUUGGGGACUUUGUAAGCAGUCAGAGAAAACAUCACGAGAAGACUUGGGCAUAUCAGGUUGCCAACUGUCUUCUUAUGCUUCUGGGAGUGUGCUGCACUUACUCCCUCUUUAAUGCCAUCUCUGUGAUUAUGAAACAAGGUCUGAACUGGAUCCUGACGACGCUGACUUGGAUCACCAUCGACAAGACCAUAGAGCUGUCAGAAUAUAUCAGGCAGAAGACUGUAGAGCUGCACAUGACUGCAAGAGAAGGUGACGACUGGCGCCAUUAUUGGAAAGUGGAAGAACCACAAAAUGACCAUCAACUGUCCUCGGUCUGGAGCUCCAUGCAAGAUGUGGCCUUGUGGAGUGAGGAUGAUGAGAAAGAUGAGGCAGUAGCCUAA